UUGAACGAUAUUAGUAAUCCAGAUGACCCUGUACCUCCUGAGAAAGGUAACCACUGUGGCACCAGGGUGAAUCAACAAGAUAGCGAUGGUCAAUUAAUAUUGCAGGGUGAGUGCGAACCAGACAACCGGUACUAUUGCUCCGAAGUGGGUCAACCCGCCUAUGAAAAGGAGUUGUGCCACACCUGUCACGAGGCAAUAGACAAUUACGGCUACGAUGAGUGCCACAAACGGUACAUUUGCGCCAAUAAUAACUCAGCCCUCAUAGGGCAAUGUGAUCCUGGUGCCCUAUACUAUUGCGAGAAAAGUGAUUCAAUAGCCACUUUUGUACAUAAGUGCUCGGACUGUAUCGAAGAUGUUCCUGGUAAAGGGUUCUGCGGUACUGGUUUCUACCAGUGCUCCGAGAUUGGGCAAAGGGCUGUAUUAAGAAAUAUAUGCCCCGACUGUCUGCCCCCCGUCACCAAUGAUACAAAUGAUGAGCCGCUUAUUGGUUAUGAUAGAUGUUAUUCAGCGGGUGAUCCAAAUGAUAAGCUAUUGGUAGGUGACUGCAAACGAUCAGGGUUAUACCGGUGCAACAUGGCGCACCAGGAAGCUACCCUGGAGCAAAUGUGUACCUACUGUCACCAGGAUUACGAUGAAUACCAGGGUGGUGAUGGGUGCUAUUCAUAUCCGCAACCAACCACCACUACACCAAAACCUACCGGCCCGCCCCCAGUCUACUGUAACCUCGAAGGGGAGUACAACAAAGUCUACGAUGACUAUGGUCAAAUCACAUGGCCAAUCGUGUCCAACGGCAAAUACUCGCAAGUCAAAUGCCCACACGGGGACGGUAUGAUGAGGUGGCUAUGUCUGGGCACCGGUAAGUUUGAUGAGACUAAUGGGUUCGAGUUUGAGGACUGUUGGCUGGAAGAGAUACUUGACAACGACAUACUACACGUGGAUCACGUGAUCACAACCCUGACCACUUUUGCCAAUAAUACGCGUACGGAUAACGGGCUACAGUCGGCGGAAGGGUUACAUAAGUCGCUGUCAAUUGUUGGCAAAAUAGUUGAGUAUUUGCCGACAGACGAGACAAAUAUGAUCGGGGAUAUGGAAACAGCGGACAAGAUUUCCCGGCUAUUCGUCGACAUAUUUAGCCAAAUGAUAGACCAGACAAAGGCCUGGAAUAAUAGCGAGGGUGCAGAUAGGGUAGGCCUGAGCUCACAAAUACUGUCAUACAUACAGUCCACUGGGUUUCUGGCUAAUUGUCAUAUACAGGGUUCCGCGGAUAGUGAUAUACCAGACUGUGUCUACUGGAACUACACUCAAGAAAAGUGGUCAUCAGAGGGCUGUCAGCUUUUGGAAAAAGAGUCCAAUCGGGACCACACAGUAUGCGAGUGCACACACCUGACUAACUUUGUGGCCCUGGUAGAUACCGAUGAUCGUGAGCCGUAUCAACCAGUGCUUGAUAUAUUGCGUUACAUAUUGGGCACCCUUUCCAUUAAAUCGGGUAUAACACAGGAGGUGAUUAAAAAGCAAGACUUUUUUGUUGCAAAUUUAAGUGCGUGUCAAUUGUGCACAACGAUUGUGGUUAUGAGUGGUCUGGACUGGGUGGACACCCCGAUUAUGAAGAUAGACACCAUGAUCUGGCUUGUUGUUGUGACCCUGGUGGUCGUGUUGGGUAUAUAUAUUAACGGCGUGGUCGAGGCCUUACCCCAACAUGGUGAGUCCCCCAUUGAUGUCCACCCUGGAGACGAAAAACAACCUUAA